CGUGCAUUAUUGCACCUACCAGCAAGUCUCUUCCUUCUUUCCAUCACCUGUUGCCUCUUCUCAGAUCUCCCUGUGGUUGAGCCUGUGAGGAAGAGCAAGGAAGCUCUGCGAGCAAGGAAACAUGGCAGAGUCGCUGCUGCUCCCCGUGGUGCGCGGCGUCGUCGGCAAGGCGGCAGACACUCUCGUGCAGAGCAUCACUAGCAUGUGGGGCGUCGAUGAUGACCGGCGCAAGCUCGAGCGCCACCUGGUGUACGUGCAGUCCUUGCUGGCCGACGCCGAGGCGAAGAGCGAGACCAACCGCGCCGUCCGGACGUGGAUGAAGGAGCUCAAGGCCGCCGCGUACCAGGCCGACGACGUCCUCGACGACUUCCAGUACGAGGCGCUGCGCCGUGAGGCAAUGAGCGACCAGUCCGUGGCAAGCAAGGUACUGAUCAACUUCACCUCAAAGAAUCGUCUUGCAUUUCGUUGUAAAGCGAGCAGAAACCUGAAGAAUGUGCUCAAAAAGAUUGACGAGCUCGUGACCGAGAUGGCAAAGUUUGGCCUGGUGAAGCUUGCGGAGGAACCGCCGCAAGCUCUUCCUCGGCAGACGCACUCAGCACUGGAUGAAUCCAUGGAGAUAUUUGGCAGAGAAGAUGACAAAGAUGGGGUGGUGGAACUGUUGGUGGACCAGCAAGAUCGGCAGGAUGUACAAGUGCUGCCCAUCCUUGGAAUGGGGGGUGUGGGCAAGACCACGCUAGCCAAGAUGGUGUACAACAACGACAAAAUUCAGAAGCACUUUGAAUUGAGGAUGUGGCACUGCGUGUCAGAAAAUUUUGAAGCUAUUCCUCUUGUUAGAUCUGUAAUUGAGUUGGCUACAAGUAGCAGAUGUGAUCUGCCUGACACGAUCGAGCUGCUGCGAGGAAAACUGCAGGAAGCUAUUGGCCGCAAAAGGUUCCUACUCAUUCUCGAUGAUGUGUGGAACGAAGACCGAAAGAAGUGGGAGGAUGACUUGAGGCCGCUACUCUGUUCUUCAAUUGGUGGAUCAGGAAGCACGAUAGUUGUCACAAGUAGAAGCCCAAAAGUGGCGUUAAUAAUGGGCACCCUUCCACCUCGUGAAUUAGUGUGUUUGAGUGAAGAUGAUUCAUGGGAAUUGUUCUCAAAGAAAGCAUUUAGUAAAGGAGUGCAAGAGCAAGCAGAGUUUGUCAAAAUUGGCAGAUGUAUCAGCGAGAAGUGCAAGGGACUGCCUCUUGCACUGAAGACAAUGGGUGGAUUGAUGAGUUCAAAACAACAAAUCCAAGAAUGGGAGGCCAUUGCAGAUUGCAAUAUUAGUGAUACCAAUAGAGGUAAAGAUGAGGUAUUGCCCAUACUAAAACUGAGCUACAAGCACUUGUCCCCUGAGAUGAAGCAAUGCUUUGCCUUCUGUUCAGUUUUCCCCAAGGACUAUGAGAUGGAGAAGGACAUGUUGAUUCAACUAUGGAUGGCAAACGGUUAUGUUCAUGAAGAGGAGACGAUAGACUUGUAUCUUCAAUGAGUUGGCUUGGAGGUCCUUUUUCCAACAUGUGAUAUUAGAGAGGGAGAUCGAUCCUCCUAAUUAUAUUGAUUAUCCCUCAAAACAAGAGAUAAGUGGAUGUAAAAUGCACGACUUGAUGCAUGACCUUGCAAAAGAUGUUGCAAAUGAAUGUGCAAUUGCAGAAGAGUUAAUUCAGCAAAACCUGCCUAUGAAUGACAUCCGUCACUUGCAUAUUUCGGAAAAUUAUGAAUUGAACAAAAUGAGCCGGUUACUCGGAGGCACAAAGUAUCUUCGCACUUUGUUGACGCCAGAAUCAUCGUACAAGGAUCUGAUGAAGUCAAAACUGAUGUCAUCAAGAGCAUUGCAUAUUUAUGAAGAUACUUCAAUCGUCCGUAUGGAGCUCACACGCAUAGCACAUUUGCGGUAUCUUGAUCUCUCUGACUCGUAUAUUGUUAGCUUGCCAAACUCAAUCUGUAUGUUGUAUAGCUUACUAUCUUUGAGGCUUAAUAACUGCUCCCGACUACAAUAUUUACCUGAGGGUAUGAGAACUA